CAGCAGCAGCGUGACUGCGUCAUCAUUGCGGGCCACGGAAUCGGAGCAACGGAGACGGAGGGGGCGACUUGUUUCUCGACACAUUAGGUUUUUUACUUUAAAAAUAACGAUAAAAGAGAGAGAAUAUCCGCCUUUUUAAUGUUUAUAUAAGGUGCUUUCUGUCUCUGAGGUCCAGCAGUGCUGCCAGUUGCCAUGGCGUCUCCAGGGGGACAAGGAGGUGGAGCUCUGUCUACCAGAGGAGGAGGCGGGGCCAGGAGGAUGAAGUGGGCUCUGGAGCUGAGCCUGGGCAACACCAGGAGUCGUGACAGACAAAGCGGUCAAGGAGACGUUGUUUACCCCAUCGGUUACUCUGAGAAACCGGUACCUGACACCAGCAUCCAGGAGACCGACAAGAAUCUGGUGGAGAAGCGUUGCUGGGACGUGGCCCUGGGCCCCCUGAAACAGAUCCCCAUGAACCUGUUCAUCAUGUACAUGUCAGGAAACACCAUCUCCAUCUUCCCUAUCAUGAUGGUCUGUAUGAUGGCCUGGAGGCCCAUUCAGGCGCUCAUGUCCAUGUCAGCCACCUUUAAACUGCUGGAGAGCUCCAGUCAGCAGUGGCUUCAGGGUCUCGUCUACCUGAUCGGGAACCUGCUGGGCUCGGCGUUGGCCAUCUACAAGUGUCAGUCAAUGGGACUGCUGCCGACGCACUCGUCUGAUUGGCUGGCUUUCAUAGACCCACCUCAGAGGAUGGAGAUCAUGGGAGGAGGGAUGGUGCUGUGAAGACUCAGCGUGCACAUGGCCAGAUGUUUUACAGAGGUUUAUACUGUACAGCUGUUUAGCUUUUUCCCCCCAUAACAGUUUAAAUUUUACAGCAGUAGUUACAACACGCAGGAAGUCUGAUUCCCUUUUCACUGAAAAAAUAAUUCCUCUUUACUUCAGACUCUUGCUCUGCUUCUUGUCCUUUUGCUGAGCUUUGUUGCUCCCAUCUCUUAUUUUUUCAUUAUUUCAAUAAAGUUUAAAAAUCCAGCUGUCAUUCUGCUGUGCUCUCCUCUGUAGAAGAAUUAUUUAUAAUGUUGCGACACAGGAUACAGAGCUGUACAGUCGAACUUGAUUCAAACAGGAAAUGAUCCAUCUAUAACUCGCUAAAAUAAAAGUUUGUAAAUCAAUCUAAUUGUCUCUUAUUAGCUAGUAUACUACAGAGGAUUUUUUUCUUAUUUUUUCCUCAGUUUAUUUUCUCUUGUAGUGACACAUCUGAUUUUGUCAGCUUGCUUUCAGCAUGCCACCCCACACAUUUAACCAACCUGUUUAAUUUAUAGGGCUGUUUAAUUUAUACUGAUUCUUUCUCUGUAAAUGUGCCGAUAUAAAUCCGAAAUGGCUGAAUAAAAAAAGUUGGAAUUGUUUCAAUAAAUGUAUGAAUGAAGAA